AUGCUGCCACAAAGGAGGGGCAUUUAUGGCGGGCUCUCUGUUGCAAGAUUCAGCUCAUCAAAAGGUCGGCGCAGUGGAAAGGCUGCAGUGCAGCAGACGAGGGACGGAAAGGCAGGGAGAGGAGGGAAGGUGGAGGAGAAGAGUGAGGAGGACCUAGUCACGCGGAAGCAGCAGCUGCUGGAGCAAGCAGUUCAGGAGCUGCGAGCCAAGUUCGGCCGGGAGGCAGUGAUGGUUCUGGGCGGCACUGAGGCGGACUUGGCCGCCCACCGUGUCCCGGUCAUCCCCUCAGGCUCCAUUGCCCUGGACGCGGCCCUUGGGAUUGGGGGCUUCCCUAGAGGCCGAGUGGUGGAGAUCUAUGGGCCCGAAGCAACAGGCAAGACAACCCUGGCGCUGCACGUGGUUGCAGAGGCACAGAGGAGAGGCGGAGCGGCCUACUUUGUGGAUGCGGAGCAUUCGCUCGACGUUGACCUUGCUAAGGCGCUAGGAGUGGACAUGACUCGCAUGCACCUGUCUCAGCCCGACAGUGGGGAGACAGGCCUUGCCCUGGUGGAUCAGAACGUCAGGAGCGGCGCUUAUGACGUCAUUGUGGUCGAUAGUGUGGCAGCACUCGUACCACAAGCAGAGCUGGAGGGGGAGAUGGGCGACUCGUUUGUAGCCCUGCAGGCGCGCAUGAUGUCUCAGGCACUGCGGAAGCUGUCAGGGGCGCUCAACCGCUCCCAAGCGGUCCUCAUAUUCGUUAACCAGGUGCGGUCGAAGCUAAUGAUGGGAGGGCCGGGCAUGGGCAUGCCCGUGGAGGUGACGUCUGGAGGCAAUGCGCUCAAGUUCUACGCCUCGUUGCGGCUGCACAUUAAACGAGUGGCGCAGCUGAAGCAGGGAGAGAAGAUUGUUGGUAACCGCGUGCGGGUAACAGUCAACAAGAACAAGCUCGCGCCGCCCUUCCGCACGGCGGAAUUCGAUAUUGAGUUUGGCCACGGGAUAUCCCGGGAGGGGGAACUGCUAGACUUGGGUGUAAAAGAAGGGUUGCUCACGCUCUCUGGUGCGUGGCCGCGUCCAUACGUUUGGACUCAUUUCCGCCCCUGCUUCCCCUCAUUUCCGCCCCUGCUUCCCCUCAUUUCCGCCCCUGCUUCCCCUCCUUUCCCCCCACGCAUCCCCUCAUUUCCGCCCCUGCUUCCCCUCAUUUCCGCCCCUGCAUCCCCUCAUUUCCGCCCCUGCUUCCCCUCCUUUCCCCCCACGCAUCCCCUCAUUUCCGCCCCUGCAUCCCCUCAUUUCCGCCCCUGCUUCCCCUCCUUUCCCCCCACGCAUCCCCUCAUUUCCGUCCCUGCUUCCCCUCCUUUCCCACCACGAAUCCCCUCAAUUCCCCCCUGCCUCCCCUCCUUUCCCCCCUUGCUUCCCCUCCUUUCCCCCACUUCUUCGCAUCCCUUCUCACCCCCUCAUUUCCUCUCCGCAUCCCUUCUCACCCCAUCCUUUCCUCUCCGCAUCCCUUCUCACCCCAUCCUUUCCUCUCCGCAUCCCUCCUCACCCCAUCCUUUCCUCUCCGCAUCCCUCCACACUCCAUCUAUCCUCUCAGCAUCCUUUCUCUCCCCAUCCCUCCUUGCCACCAUCCCCUCAGGUUUUGUGGCGCAGUGUCCAGGAAAGGCGACCUGCUGCGUGCACUCUUUGCUUAGUUACUAG